UGCUGUUUUGGGGUUACCGUUUUCUCAAAGGUGACUCGGCUGGUUUAUUUACGUUUGGAUUUUGUUAAAUUUUAAAUUGAAAACAUGCCGCACGGACACUCGCACGAUCACGGUGGAUGCAGCCACGAGGCCACGGAUGUGGACCACGCACUGGAAAUGGGCAUAGAGUACAGUUUGUACACAAAAAUCGACCUGGACAACACCGAGUGUCUGAACGAGGAGACGGAAGGCCAGGGAAAAAGUGUUUUUAAGCCCUAUGAGCGACGCCAGGACCUCUCGAAAUACGUCCAGAGCGACGCGGACGAGGAACUGCUAUUCAAUAUUCCCUUUACCGGCAACGUUAAGCUCAAGGGAAUCAUUAUAAGCGGUGCCAAUGAUGAUUCGCAUCCCAACAGAGUUCAAAUCUUUAAGAAUCGCCCGAGGAUGACUUUCGAUGAUGCGAAAGCUAAGCCCGACCAGGAAUUCCAUCUCACUCGCGAUGCCCGUGGCGAAAUCGAGUACUCACCCAAAGUGGUCACAUUCUCAUCCGUGCAUCACCUCUCGCUGUACUUCCCCAGUAAUUUUGGCGAUGACAACACUCGCAUUUACUAUAUAGGACUUCGAGGGGAGUUCACUGAAGCCCAUUAUCAUGGUGUAACCAUCUGCAAUUACGAAGCUCGUGCCAAUGCCGCAGAUCACAAGGAAAAGGCUUUCGAUGGAGUGGGAAGAGCCAUCCAAUAAAUGAGAAAAAGCCUGCUUUUAUGUUAGUUACAAAUCGCAAUUUAAUUGAGUAUCUCUGUUAAGUAUAUUUUGUGAUCAUUUAAGGCAUAAAAUGUAUUAAAACAUUUGAGUAUUUGUAUUGCACUGAAA